AUGACAAAACCAGUGAAAAAGACAAAGUUCAGUCUCCAGCAAUUGGACUCAAUACCUGGACAAAUCGGAUAUAUUGUAUGCGAGGGAAAUAAAAUUGUUAGUUUUUUUUCAAUUUUCCGCUGGAAAUUUUUCUCAAAAAAUAAUCUGAGAUUGUCCGAUCCUAAAUCGAAUAUUUGCAGGUUCACACAACAAUCAAAGAAGACGAGAAUCCAACUCAAAUCGCCUUCAACGCAUUGCGAUUGGCUUCCCGCACAAAAUCUCCAGAGUUCGCCGAUCAUCCAACGCAUACAAUUCAAGUUCAAUUCGAUCAUCAUUUGUUCGAACUUUUUCAAAUUGCCCAAUAUUUUAUUAUUGUCAAAAAACGAGUCGAAGAUCCAGAUGAAUAA